AUUCCAUUAUUAUGUGUAUUCUUCAUUUAUUUAUACAUGUAGGUAGAUACGCAACACACAUAUAUACCGGUGUAUGCAAUUUUUUAUGCAAAAGCCACACAAUAAUAAAUCGUUAUUGCCAAUUAAGUAUAGAGGUUUAUAUCGACGAGCUCUCUCUGUGCGCUAUUCAUCGCGCGCGCAAAACGGACUGGCCAUUUUCCGCGUCGACGCGAACUGGCAAACAGCGGUAAAACCGCACCGUUUCCAUUUCCAGCGAGCAAUCGUCGCAAUUAGCCCCGUUAAACGCCGCCGGGUUGGCGGGAGGGAGGGUAGAUGCAGCAGCAGCAACAGCAAGCGCCGAUCAAAAUCCCGACCAAGGCGUUCGUGUUCCGGGAGGAGGGAGGGACAAGGGCGAAAUUUCGCUCGAUACAAAUUCGAUAAAGCCGCCGGCGGCCUGCGGUACUCGCUCGUUAUCCGAAUCUGACGGUCUGCUACCCAUUACACGUCAGAAAACUCGCAGCCCUCGUAGAAUUUUUGCGAGUGCGUUGUCGAUACACCACAGAUACUUCGAAAGAAGUUUAAUUUGUGCCGGGAAGCGAAACGCGUUGGAAAACGGUCGCGGCGGCAAAAACUUUUUUCUCAGAAGAUAAAAAGCGAAUUCUCUGCCGUAUGUUUCGAGAAGCUUGAUUUAUUCACGAAGGAACGAUGUUAAUUCAACCACGCGCUUCAAAUCGAAACAUUGUACGAGUUUAAUAAUUAUCGUUAAAUGUCGUCGUGUAAGAGAGAUGAACAUAACGCGAACGGAAUAAUAUCCGUGCGUGUGAAUUGACAAAUUACACGCGUCGAUUGCGAUAUCGAUCGGUAACCUUUCUCUUCUCGCGGUGAAUAUUCCGUGCUUCGUUCGAACAACAAGACGACAAGAGCCGCGUCUCGACUAUCCGAAUUUCCGGAAUCCAUCGUAAUCAGGAGUCACCUCCUGAACCGGGCUACCACAUCACAGGGAUGCGCGCAGCGACCAUAAUCGCUUUUCAGCAAUGUCGCUUUGUCCGUCGUCGUCUCAUCAGCUUGUCGCAGCGGCGAUAGCUUUUCGACGUGCCCGACGUAAAUUUCCGAAGGACUUCGGCCUCGAAACUACGGUAGAACGUGCAUCCGGAAGCACAAGGAAGACGGAAACCGCAUCGAGCCGCGAAGGGUCUAUCAAUCAAGUGAAAUCGAGCUCCUCGCUGGCGAGGCGUGCGUGCAACUCGAGAUCCGAUCAUGUCUGUCCGACGAGCGUGCGGAAUCACGAUUACGAUUACUCGUACUGCAAAGAGAACUCGAUCAGCUGCAGCGGUUGCAGUCGGUCGAAGAACGGCGGCGAGAACAUUUCGGAGCUACGGGACGAGUGCAGCGGCGGAGAUGCAAUCGAUACCGUGCCGAGCCGGGAAUUCGCAGUCUCGGAUAACGAUCGUAAAAAUGAAUUUGUAAAAUUGGCCGAGCGGAACAGUUGCCCCUGUUCGGGAGCGCAGGUGCGACGCGACGUCAAGAACGACAGAUGACGAGGCUACUAAAACGACGGAGUGGAUUCCACAAUCCGCGCGUUCUACGUUCCACCAUCAUCGUAAAGCGCGCUGCCUGUCAAGAGCGUGCUCGAACUUGGAUCCCGUAAAUCUCCUGUACGACUCCACGUCCCGCGAGAGAAACGACAAGGUCGCACGCGGCGACUCGUCCGGGGACAGACGAGGGGGCGAGAAGUCUUCGGCGAGUU